GAGUCCCUAGGGUCCCUAGACUCCGAAAGCGUCUGCUAGUUCUGCUUUGUGCUCCGUGUGUUCUCCUGUGUUUUUAGAUAAUAAUAACUGGGAAGAAAGUGCAUCGUGCUGUGCACAAUGAGAAUUUUCGCCCCAAAUAGUGCAAUUGAGAUGUAAAGAGCGACUGGAAUGCUGUUUAUCUCAGUGGUGUAAUUUCGUUCUGCUCAACUAUUUUGGGCCAAGUCUCUGCUCUUGUACCAAGGAGAAAAAUGUCGCAAAUUUAAUUUGCCCGAGAAUGGCGAGGGCUAGUGCAAAUCUGAGAGCAACUGAGAAUUGACGAGAGCGGGAAGACAUGUGUUGGCGAUUGGAGAAUAAUUAUUUACCAAAUAGUUAAUCAACACCACAUAAAAUACUGGAACAACAAUUCUGGGACAAUAAUUCCGCCAAUUUCCCUUGACAGGCACAGAUUCUAAAAUCUCCGGAAAAUCAGAUCAACUAUCCAGGAUGUAAAUAAUUCUCAGUUACUGCACCCUCAAGAAAUAAACUAUCCGUGAAAAUGGGAUUUUUUAUGAGAAAUCAGAUAGCAUCAAUAAUUUCCUCUGAAUAAAUCUGGAAUAAAAUGCUGAACGAUUGAGAAGAGAGUCAGAUUGUUUUCUUCUGAAUUACUGAUUAGUGACGUCUAAUUUUAUCCCGUGAGAUCUUUUCUUGGAACGUGUGUGAGCUGGAGUGUUUAUCAGUUCAUUGGAAUCAGAUGCUGGCCUAGGUACUGGAGGUUGACACCAGCCUCUGAGGGAGAAUUUUUGGUAUCACAGAUACCACUGAGAGCUCAAAUCAUCAGUCAUAUCCGACUUGAUGAGAUUCAUUUGACGCAACAUCUCAUUUGUGUUGGUGAUCCAUUAUCGAGAUUCAGCUCUACUGUACCGGUGAUUUCAGUUGGUGGAUGAUAAGUGGAUGAGUCGCCACUAUCGCUGAAGCCGCAAAAAGUGACAGCAUUGGCCUUCUCACUUCUCUCUACCAGAUAAACACAAAAUUGGUUAUAUGUUGUGUCAUAAAACAUCGCAAUGGCAUCUUUGAAUGUAGUGUCUUCGUAUCAUCUCCUCGUAUUACUGGGUUUACUAGCAGUAUCAUCUGGACACGAUGUCAAGGGCUCGACUUACUGUGAAUUUUACAAUGAAACGAUGUGCCCAGGAUGCUCUGAGCGAGAGGAAUGUGCCCCACAGGAGCCCGACAAAAGAAAUCACUGCUUUGUGCUGUGGCAGAUUGAUGAUGUGACGAAGAAGUCCACCAUAAAAUUGAAGGGUUGCUUUCUAGAUAGCAAAGAGUGUUAUGACAAGAAUCAAUGUGUAGAAAAGAACGCAGAGAGGAAGAAAAAACUCUUCUUCUGCUGUUGCGAUGGCAAUAUGUGUAAUCAGAAUUACACGUGGGAUCCUCAGCCCACAGAGCCACCCACCGAGCAUCACGAUUUCAAACCAGUUCCAAAUACUGAACAGCAAAUUCUCACACUGGUGCUGUCGGUGUCAGUGCCUCUAUUAAUACUCAUUAUUAUCCUGUCAACAUUAUACUGGUGCUAUAAGCGGAGAAAACUUGGGUAUUUCAAUGAGGUGCCAACGCUCGAGCCUCUGCCUCUGCCACAGCCAUCCCCUAAUUUAGGUCUGCGUCCAAUACAGCUAGUGGAGAUAAAGGCGAGGGGACGGUUUGGGGCUGUCUGGAAGGCACAGCACAAGAACGAUGUUGUUGCUGUCAAAGUAUUUCCUGUGCAGGACAAACAGUCUUGGCAGACUGAGCAGGAGAUCUUCAAGCUGGCACACAUGGAUCACGAGGAUAUUCUGCAUUUCAUUGGUGUGGAGAAACGUGGUGAUAAUUUGCAGGCUGAGUUCUGGCUGAUCACGGCAUAUCAUGAGAAGGGCUCUUUGUGUGAUUAUUUGAAGGCUAAUGUCGUCAGUUGGCCAGAGAUGUGCAGGAUUUCAGAGUCCAUGGCUAGGGGACUCAUGCAUCUCCAUGAGGAGAUUCCAGCUAACAAGGCUGAUGGAUACAAACCAGCUGUUGCUCACAGGGACUUCAAGUCGAAGAAUGUCCUUCUGAAAUCGGAUAUGAGUGCGUGUAUAGCUGAUUUUGGCUUGGCACUCAUUUUUCACCCCGGGAAACCCUGCGGAGAUACUCAUGGACAAGUUGGUACUCGGAGAUAUAUGGCUCCGGAAGUCCUCGAGGGUGCCAUAAAUUUCACGCGCGACUCAUUCCUGAGAAUUGACAUGUACGCAUGUGGUCUAGUUCUCUGGGAAUUGGCGUCCAGAUGUACUGUCCAGGAUGGACCAAUUGGAGAGUACAGAUUGCCAUUUGAGGAGGAGGUGGGACUGCAUCCCACUCUGGAGGACAUGCAGGAGAGUGUGGUCCAUAAAAAGGAACGUCCACUGAUCCUGGAGACGUGGCGAAAACACAAUGGGCUCGUUGCAAUCUGCGACACGAUGGAGGAGUGCUGGGAUCAUGAUGCAGAGGCUAGGCUGUCAGCGUCGUGUGUCAUGGAGCGAGUUGCUACUCUCAGUAGAAGUCUCGUUAUAAAUUCAUCGACUUUCAUCAGAGUCGACAACACAAACGAGUGUCUGAAUACCAAGGAAUCUAAUCGACACUUACUUGUCUGAACCGUACGAGGCCACGGAUACGUAAUUAAUUGUACAGGGAAUUCUACCGAUGAAGAUUUUAACGCAGAGAAGAGUAAGCUGCAUAUGAAUAAAAACUUAUCAAUUUUUUCAAUCGUGUGUUUGAAGACUAUUAUGGAAAUUAAUAAGAGGAAGAACAAUUUUAUAUGUAAUAGGUCUACUCAGUAUCGUAUGUUUUCCUCGUGUAGCUACAAACAGUUCAACCGUCGCUAAUAUCCCACGCAUGCUUGAUUUCCUUCCUCGAGAGGAUUUAUUCUUGAGUCAUCGAUCAAAUGGACAUCUGUUGACUGACAUUGGGUUUUGACAGUGCCAAAUAGUGUAGAUAAUCUCAUAUGUUUUUAAUUUUUCUACGUUCUCUGUUUAUUUCAUUUUUUUUUAAUUCACUGGCUGCAUUAUUAUUUUUUAGUAUUAAGAAACCAAAAAGUAGAGGGAAUUUGUGAUUAUUUUGCAUGAUGUUUGAGUUGGAAUUUCGAUAUUUAGGAUCACCAAUCGUGCAAUAUUAAAUUUGAGAAUCCUCUAGUGGAAAAUAGAUCACUUGCAAUUGAUAAAGAUGUAACAAGUCAUUAUUUUCAUCGUUGGUCGGCAGCAUACUUCCUUUCUACCGAAUUGUGCAUUAGAUUGAUGUCGAAUGAGGGAAAAUAAGAACUUGGUUGCUAAUACAUUUCGUACCUGCACAAUUUUUCACUUUAAUUGAUGAAAUGAGCUUUGAAAGGGAGUCAUGUGGGAGUUGAUCGGAUCAGUGAAUUGUUAUUGAAAAAAAAAACCAUACAAGCAUUAAGUGCGUACUCACCAGUGAAAUAAUUCAAUUGUAUGAUUCGAAAAUGUACUAAAAUAUCUAGCGUAUGUAAUUAUGCUGAAAAAUUUGUCCAUCUCGUGUUGAAUUUUCACUUUAAUCUAUUAAUUUACACUAGCCCCCAGUUGUGGGAAUAUUUUUCUAUAUUUUUAAACAACUGUUGAAGUUAUGAUUGCGAAUGUUUUUCGGCUUUGUUGAGCAAUCUGUCAUCGAGGUAAUAGUCCAUUUAUACUGUUUUAUUUUCCAUUGAAUUUUUCGUUGAAUUUGACGAAUCGAAGGGGCAGAGACUGAACGGACAUACUUCGUCCAAUUUUUUAUAAAACUAACUCAUGAUUGAAUAAUCAUUGCUUUCUGGAUUAUGUAGCAGCUAUCGUUAUAUGUUAUAUUGCAGUUAUAUGCGAAAUACAGGCGUAAAUGAGCUGGAUAUCCUUCACUUGGAAUGCAUUGUCCACACUUGUGAAAAUAAAAAGAGAUGUUUAAUUAUGUAAAUACCAUGGUAUACGUAUAAAAGAAAAGAAAAAUAUUGGGAGAUUGGAAAUUUUCAUUCAUCACCCGAUAAUAUCAAUUAUAUUCUCCAGAAUGUUUCGACGAUGCGUCUGUGCACAAAACUCAUUAUAGCGUAUUAGUUUUUUCAGUCUAAGUUAGUUUUUCGAAUGAAUAAGAAACAAUCUGUAGACACACAUCCCUCCCUUCGCCCUCCCUCCCAUAAUUUUUCAAUAAAAAAUAUCAUUAACAUUUUCAAAUAGUGAUCAUUUAUUUUGUAAAACAGACGAAACACUUUUCCAUCAUGAAUAUCAUCAUUUUAUUUAUGUAAAUGUAUACAUACUUAUAUGUUUUCUCAGUUAUGAGUGUUGUUACUAAAAUUUCAACCAGAUCUCUUGUUCACUCGCAUCCGUGAUUUUCAUAUCAUCUUUAUGUAUUGCUUAUUAAUUUCAAUAAUCCCCGCACAGAAUACGAUAUAAUUAUCAUUAGUUUUCAACGUAAUGAGUACAACAUCUAAUGAUUUUCGGUCAGUAAAGCCAAAGUGAGAUACUUGUACAUUUAAUAUAUAGAAUAUAUACAAACUACUCCUCCUCCACUGUUAUAUUUUAUAAAUCCGUAUGAAUUUCAACUCUGUAAUGAUUCCCAUCAUCUGGCAAAUCGCUGUUGCACAUUUCUAAUUUUCUGUUUAGUCUGCGGCACACAUGGACUGUACAUAAAGCAAUAAAUCUCAGCAAUGUAGCUACUAUAAUUUCUUCUCCUUACGAUCUCAGGAGGCUUUACACUCUAUAAUAGUAAGCAAAAACAUGAACUA